AUGUCGAUUUCCAACAAAAGAAUUAUCCUAUCAAAUCCAAAUAAAAAAAAUUGUUUUGAUUUGGCUUUCAAGUCCUUUGCUUUAAAGGUUCCGGACGAUUGGAUUAUUCCAGACGUCAACACAGAAUUUCUGGAACGUAACUCUUGCCCGGAAGCAUUGAACCAGGUGAAGGAAACUGAUCUGGUUAUUUGGGUGGAUCCACUGGACGGAACGGGCGAGUAUACGCAGGGUUUUCUGGAAGGAGUUACGGUGCUCAUUGGCAUAGCGGUCAAUGAUCGAGCCGUGGGAGGUGUAAUUCAUCAGCCCUAUUUUAACGCCGAUACGGGUGAGCUGGGUCGGACAAUUUGGGGAGUACAAGGAAUUGGUACCGGUAGAUUUACACCCAAACGCCCUCCAACCGAUCGGUUCAUAGUGACCACAACUAGAUCCCAUUCCACUGCAGUAGUUCAAGCUGCUUUAGAUGCUUUAUCGCCGGACGGUAUUCUUAAAGUCGGUGGAGCUGGGUAUAAAGUGUUACAGCUCCUGGAAGGAAAUGCUCAUGCACAUGUUUUCGCGAGUGCUGGUUGCAAAAAGUGGGAUACCUGCGCUCCGGAGGCAGUACUCGAGGCUCAAGGUGGAACGUUGACAGACAUUCUGGGAAGGCAUUAUCGCUACGGGAAGGAUGUACGAUUUCCGAAUGCUUGUGGCGUACUAGGAUCUGCCAGUGGCAUUGCUCACAAAGACAUACUAGCCAAGUUGCCGGACAGUAUGAAACAAGCGAUGAACAAAACAGAAUAGAUGACUUGUUCUAAUAAAGGUUCUAGUACAAUUAACCGUUCUAAAACACCUACAUUUAUUGACAUCAUUAAAAAGAUACCAGUUCCGGAAUCCCAUAACAAAUUGGCAAUUAUUUACAGUUUAGAUUUAGGUUUCUGAAGCAGCGCCCUAAGGUCUCCUUAGAAUUUUACCACCCAAAUUUUUCGGAAUUUCUGCUAUGAAUCGAACACCUCCAUGCAGUCUCUUAGCCGGUGAGGUUCUAUCCGCAACGUAUUUUUUUAAUUCUUCUUCACUGACUGAAACAUCAUCCUGUUUAACGACAAAAGCGAGCGGAAGCUCACCAGCUUC